AUGUCCUUCAGUUUUUCUGACCAUUCGCACAGAAGACUCAAUCCGCUCACCGGCGACUACGUCUUGUGUUCCCCACACCGAGCGAAGAGACCAUGGCAAGGUGCUGAAGAAGACAACAAGGUCUCCAAGUCUCCUAGCUACGAUCCAAAGUGUUACUUGUGUCCAGGUAAUGCUCGUGCUACCAGUGGUGCUGAAAACCCCAAGUACACGUCCACAUAUGUGUUCCCUAACGACUUUCCUGCUGUUCAACUAAACCAACCAGACUACAAGGAUGAGGUGUUGGGAACAGGUAACUCCGACAUUGAAAAGUUGAAGAAGAAGUUGUUCAAGGUCGAUGGCGUCAAGGGAACAGCCUAUGUGAUCUGCUUCAGUCCCAACCAUGCGUUGACACUUCCAUUGAUGGAAGUGGAUGACAUCAAAGGUGUAGUGGAUACCUGGCAGCAGUUGUACAUUGAUACUAAGGCAGAACUGGCCAAAGGCGCUCCAUUCGGGUACAUACAGAUCUUCGAAAACAAGGGCUCUGCCAUGGGAUGUUCCAAUCCACACCCACAUGGCCAGGCCUGGUGCUUAGAUACAAUUCCUACUGAAGUAGGCAAGGAAUUGACCAACAUGGGCCAUUAUCAUGAGACCAACGGCUCCCACUUGUUGGGUGACUAUGUAAAAGUUGAGCUUGCAGAAAAGUCCAGAGUAGUGGCUGAGAACGACUCUUUUGUGGUUGUGGUUCCAUUCUGGGCUCUUUGGCCAUUUGAAACGUUAUUGGUUUCCAAAGAACACUUGAGAUCUCUUGAAGAAUUCAACAACGAACAGAAAACAGACUUGGCUUCCAUUCUAAAGGUAAUCACUACAAAGUACGAUAAUCUCUUUAAGACAUCAUUCCCUUACUCAAUGGGAAUGCAUCAGGCUCCAUUCAUAGGUACAAAGGAGCAAAUUGAGAAUUCAUGGUUCCAUAUCCAUUUCUACCCACCACUCUUGCGUUCUGCAACCGUUAAGAAGUUCUGUGUGGGAUUUGAAAUGCUUGGAGAAGCACAGAGAGAUUUGACCAGUGAGCAGGCUGCUGCCAGACUCCAGGUUCUAGAUGGUGAAAAGCACUAUAGUGUGUAG